AUGGGUUCAUCAGAUCGGCUGUUCAACAGGCAGAGACAAGUUCAUCAGAUUCUUGGAGGUGGUCUAGUUGCAGAUGUGAUUCUAUGGAGAAAGAAAAACUUGACUGUGGGGAUUUUAGCUGUAGCUUUGGCUGCUUGGAUGGUUUUUGAGAUAUCUCAUUAUACUCUGCUUUCAUUGGUCUCAAGUGUGUUUUUGCUUCUAUUCACAAUUCUAUUUCUGUGGGCAAAAUCAGCUGCAAUUUUAAACCGGCCACCACCACCUUUGCCUCAUUUGUAUCUCUCGGAAGAAUUCACGAACGAAGUAGCAAAUCUCGUUCGUGAUCAUGUUAACUUUGUGUUGUUUGUGUUUGAGGAAAUUGCUCAUGGAAGAGACUCGAGUAUGUAUCUCCAAGUAGCUAUUAGCCUUCUAACGAUCUCUAUAAUCGGGAGCCUCACGGAUUUAUUCACCUUGUGCUACGCAUGCUUGAUUGUGGUUCUUACGGUCCCAGCUAUUUAUGAAAGGUACGAAGAUCAAAUCGACACAUAUGUUCUAAUUUGGUACGGAAAAUUGCAGCAGUGGUAUGCAAGGUUUGAUGAAAUAUGCAUCAGCAAAGCUCAUAAAUGGGUUUUGGAGAAGAAGAAAUUGAGCUAG